CGGCAUGCCCGGAAAUAACGACGACAGAAUCUCAAAACACCGGAAGCGAGUCCUAACUCCGGCGCGAAAAGAACAGAACCGUGUCGCGCAACGGGUUUAUCGCCAAAGGCAAAAAGAGCGCCUGCAGCGAGAAAAGCAGAUAGCUAGACCAUCUAGCGCCCUCAGAGCACUACAGCCCACUCCAGCUGAAGAACAUGUGCCGGAGGAACUUGUUGAUCCGGGCGACUGUGGUACGGCAGAUGUUCCAGGAGUGGAUCCAGAGAUUCGACGGAGUCAAUGCUUGGCACCGAUGAAAUUAACCCUCGACCAUUUCUUUCCUUCGGAGACGGCCUCUAUUACAACACAAAACGACAAUGUAUAUGCUCAGUAUGUUGAGGAACAUACUUCCAGGCAAAUAAUACCGGGCCCCAGUUCCAAAUUAGACAGGAUGCUACCCGAUCUGUACCAGAACACUCUGGAACUGACACACACAAUGCUUCUCCGCGCAUGUCUUCACAAUGCCCAAAGUCUUGGCAUAAGCAUCAGGAAGUUCUUCGGCGAUGAGUGCAUGUCUCUGUGUUCACCCUUAUACAGAGCCAACACUACCAUGUUAGAUGACCCUCAGACCCUCAUCAAGAAUGUCUCGAAUCCAUCUACCCCUACGCAUCUCCAACCGACCUUGCCACAGAUCCUCUUUCCUCAUCAUCCGCUAUUAGACCUACUACCAUUGCCUGGGUUAAGAACCAGAGCCGUCAUGUUAGCUGCUACCGCACCCACAUUGAUAGACGCUGUAGACCUCAAACGAGAUAUUGUUGGAAAGGCGGGGAUUGUGUGUCGGGGUGAACAGCCCUGGGAUAUGCAUAGUUGGGUGGCUGCGCCAUGGUUCUUAAAGAAAUGGAAGUUGCUACUAGGUUGACCUGUAUGGUAUUAUGCAACUUUGAGCAUGUUGUAAAAAUAUGUUCACCGACAUUGUGAAACACUUUAAAGGUGCUGGUGGGCCAAGGUUGGGUCUUAAAGGACCACUCCACCCUGAGUGACAUAGCUGGUGAGCAAGAUCACCAGUAGUGUAGUAUACUUCACAGAGCUACAAAUGUUAUUCUGUGGCGCGCUCGAACAUAAGCGGGUGUUGGCCCCCGAAUAUCCGUGGAGACGAUGGAGCAGAGAAUGGAACAAGUGGAGGUACGCCGUGUGACGAUAGUCAAGG